CACACUAGGGUUUGGAUUCCUGACCCUGAUGAAGUUUGGAGAUCGGCAGAAAUUAUCAAGGAUUACAAAGAGGGAGAUAAAAGCCUCCAUCUGAAACUUGAAGAUGAAACUCUCUACGAAUAUCCUGUUGACCUCCAAGGAAAUGAGCUGCCUUUCCUGCGCAAUCCAGAUAUCCUGGUGGGAGAGAAUGACCUAACGGCCCUAAGCUACCUGCAUGAGCCUGCGGUCCUCCACAACCUCAAAGUCAGGUUCCUCGAGUCCAACCACAUCUACACGUACUGUGGUAUUGUACUUGUUGCCAUCAAUCCAUAUGGGCAGCUGCCAAUCUACGAACAAGAUGUCAUCUACGCGUACAGUGGCCAAAACAUGGGGGAUAUGGAUCCUCACAUCUUUGCGGUGGCAGAGGAAGCCUAUAAGCAGAUGGCCAGGGAUGAGAAGAACCAGUCCAUCAUCGUGAGUGGGGAGUCGGGUGCUGGGAAGACGGUCUCUGCCAAAUACACCAUGCGCUUCUUUGCAACCGUCGGUGGUUCUGCCAGCAAGACCAAUAUUGAAGCCAAAGUCCUCGCGUCGAGCCCCAUUAUGGAGGCAAUUGGAAAUGCUAAAACAACCAGGAAUGACAACAGCAGUCGCUUUGGGAAAUACAUUCAGAUCGGCUUUGAUAAAAGAUACCACAUCAUUGGUGCCAAUAUGAGGACAUAUCUGUUGGAAAAAUCACGAGUUGUAUUCCAGGCGGAAGAUGAGCGCAACUACCACAUCUUCUAUCAGCUUUGUGCCUCUGCGAGUCUUCCAGAGUUCAAAGACCUUGGACUAACGUGUGCCGAAGACUUUUUCUACGCUUCUCAGGGAGGUGACACAUCUAUUGAUGGCAUGGAUGAUGCUGAUGACUUUGAGAAAACCAGGCAUGCCUUCACCCUGCUUGGAGUGAAGGAGUCUCAUCAGAUGACCAUUUUUAGGAUAAUUGCUGCCAUUCUGCACCUAGGAAACUUGGAAAUCCAAGCAGAACGAGACGGCGAUGCCUGUAGUGUGUCGAGCGAGGACGAGCACUUGAACAACUUCUGCAGCUUGCUGGGAGUGGAGCAGAGCCAGAUACAGCACUGGCUUUGCCAUCGCAAGCUCAUCACCACGGCCGAGACCUACGUGAAGAGCAUGUCCGUGCAGCAAGUGGUGAACGCCCGGAACGCCCUGGCCAAGCACAUCUAUGCCCAGCUAUUCAACUGGAUCGUGCAGCACAUCAACAAGGCCCUGCACACCACCGCCAAGCAGCACUCCUUCAUCGGCGUGCUGGAUAUCUAUGGGUUUGAAACUUUUGAAGUGAAUAGCUUUGAACAGUUUUGUAUCAACUACGCCAACGAAAAGCUCCAGCAGCAGUUCAACUCGCACGUAUUUAAGCUGGAACAAGAAGAAUACAUGAAGGAGGGAAUCCCUUGGACUUUCAUAGACUUCUACGAUAACCAGCCCUGCAUAGAUCUUAUAGAGGCGAAACUUGGUGUCUUGGACCUAUUGGAUGAAGAGUGCAAGGUUCCCCAAGGCACCGACCAGAACUGGGCACAGAAGCUGUACGACCGACACGCCACCAGCCAGCACUUCCAGAAGCCCCGCAUGUCCAACACCUCCUUCAUCGUCCUGCACUUCGCAGAUAAGGUGGAGUACCAGAGCGAGGGAUUUCUGGAGAAGAACCGUGACACCGUGUACGAGGAACAGAUCGACAUCCUGAAAGCCAGCAAGUAUCAAAUAGUAGCAGACUUAUUCCAAGAUGAGAAGGAUGCUGCACCCGCCACUUCCAUGGGAAAGGGAACAUCCAAAAUCAACGUUCGUUCUGCCAGACCGGUGAUCAAAGCUGCCAAUAAGGAGCACAAGAAAACGGUGGGACACCAGUUCCGCAACUCGCUGCAUUUGCUUAUGGAGACUCUGAACGCCACCACCCCGCACUACGUGCGUUGCAUCAAGCCGAAUGACGAGAAGCUCCCCUUUAAAUUUGAUCCGAAGAGAGCGGUGCAGCAGCUGAGAGCUUGUGGAGUGCUGGAGACCAUCCGUAUCAGUGCGGCUGGCUUCCCGUCCAGGUGGUCCUACCACGACUUUUUCAAUAGGUAUCGUGUGCUUAUGAAAAAGAGAGACCUCUCUAAGACAGACAAGAAGCAGAUCUGUCAGAUCCUGUUGGAAGACCUCAUUAAGGAUCCAGACAAGUUCCAGUUUGGACGUACCAAGAUCUUUUUCCGUGCAGGCCAGGUGGCAUAUCUGGAGAAACUACGAGCAGAUAAGUUCAGAGCUGCCACAAUCAUGAUUCAGAAGACGGUGAGGGGCUGGCUGCAGAGGGUCAAGUACAAAAGACUGAGGCAAGCUGCAGUUGUCAUCCAGCGCUAUGUGCGUGGGCACCUGGCACGGAGACUUGCCGAGCACCUGAGGAGGACAAGAGCUGCCAUCAUCUUCCAGAAGCAGUACCGAAUGUUGCGGAUCCGCCGAGCUUUCCAGAGGGUCCGCAACGCAACCAUCACCAUUCAGGCUGUUGCUCGGGGCAUGUUUGUCAGGAGGAUUUAUCGCAAGAUCCUCGUGGAACACAAAACCACCAUCCUCCAGAAGUAUGUCCGUGGCUGGCUGGCCCGCACUCGCUUCCGCCGGGUCAGGGGUGCCACCAUCAUCCUGCAGUGCUACUACCGGCGCAUGAAGGCCAGGCAGGAGCUGAAGGCGCUGAAGAUUGAAGCCCGCUCAGCGCAGCACCUGAAGAAGCUCAACAUUGGCAUGGAGAACAAGGUGGUCCAGCUUCAAAGGAAGAUCGAUGAGCAGAACAAAGAAUACAAACUUCUGAACGAGCAGCUCUCUACGCUCACAUCUGCCCACUCCUCUGAGGUGGAAAAGCUGAAGAAGGAACUAGUGCAAUACCAGCAGAGCCACCAGGAUGAUGGCAACCAGCUUGUCAGCUUGCAAGAAAAGAUGGAGCACCUGCGGCUGGAGCUUGAAAAAGCUCAUGGUGAGAGGAAGGUUGUGGAAGACAGCUACGUUAAGGAGAAAGACCUACUGAGAAAGCGCAUAUCCGACUUGGAAGAAGAAAAUGCUCUCCUGAAGCAGGAGAAAGAGGAGCUUAACAGCAGGAUCCAGUGUCAGUCUGAAGAUGAAUUUGCACAAAACACAGUUGAGGAAAAUAUCCAAAUGAAGAAAGAGCUGGAAGAAGAGAGAUCUCGUUAUCAGAACCUGGUAAAAGAGUAUUCGAGGCUGGAGCAGAGAUAUGACAAUUUACGGGAUGAAAUGACCAUUAUAAAGCAAGCACCAGGGCACAGGAGAAACCCAUCCAACCAGAGCAGUUUGGAGUCCGAUUCCAACUAUCCAUCCGUAUCAACCUCUGAGAUAGGAGACACCGAGGAUGUAGUACAACAAGUGGAGGAGGUUGGGAUGGAGAAAGCCGCCAUGGACAUGACCCUCUUCCUAAAACUACAGAAGCGGGUGAGGGAACUCGAGCAGGAGAGGAAGAAGCUGCAAAUCCAGCUGGAGAAAAAGGAGCAAGAGAGCAAGAAAUCCCAG